AUGACUUACAACAUUCCCGAUGAGAACACACCAAAACCACCAGGACAAACAAGACCCUACCCACAACCUACAACAACAGGCGAAAUCGAUUUCACGGUCCCUUCGACGGGCGAACAAGUCAAAACAGCAUACAAAAUAUGGGGCACUCUCUCGCCGACCACAACACCACUCAUAUGCCUCCACGGCGGGCCUGGCAUGCUACAUAACUACAUGCUCCCCAUCUCUCUCCUCGCAACCGACACCCCCACCCCCGUAAUAAUGUACGACCAACUCGGCUGCGGUCUCUCCACCCACCUACGGCACCACAACGCCUCCCCUGAAUUUUGGACUCCCGCACUCUUUAUCGCCGAACUCGAAAACCUCAAGUCCGCCCUCGGUAUCUCCUCUUUCCACCUCCUCGGCCAAAGCUGGGGCGGCAUGCUCGCCGCGCAAUAUGUCAUUGAAGUCCAACCCAAGGGAUUGCGGAAAUUAGUGAUUUGUAAUUCUCCGGCCAACCUAACGACGUGGGCGAAGGUGUGCACGGCGUUGAGGGAAGCGCUACCGAGGGAGGUGAGGGAGGUCUUGGAUCGGUGUGAACGGGAGGGAACCACGGAUGGGAAGGAGUAUCAGGGAGCGACGUACGCGUUCUAUCGGAGGCAUGUGUGUCGGGUUGAUCCGUUUCCGGAAGAACUCGUCGCCAGUCUGGAUGGUGUGGCAGAGGAUAAUACGGUUUAUGGUACGAUGAAUGGGCCGUCGGAGUUUACUGUCGUUGGGAGUUUGAAGGGGUGGGAUAUUACGCCGGGGUUGGGGAGGAUUAGUGAGGAGGCGGUUCCGGGGGGUGUGUUGUUGAUGAAUGGGAAGUGGGAUGAGGCGCAAGAUGAGACGAUGGAGCCGUUUGAAAAGGGGAUUGGGGCGAGGGUGAAGUGGGUUAGGUUUGGGUUGAGCUCGCAUACGCCGAUGUUGGAGGAGACGGAGGAGUUUUUGAGGGUGUUGAGGGAGUUUGUUGAGGAGGAGUAG